AUGUUUAACACCAUUCUUUUGGUCAUGAGCGCUGCCUCGUACGCAUCUGCUGCGCCUACGACUGGACAUUAUGCCAAGAACUAUCUGCCCGGUGGUUUGGAAGUGAAGCUUUCCGUCGCAGAGGGCGUCUUGAAUGCGCCUACCGAUGGUCGCAUUGUCCUCAUGCUCGCGCCAAACGGAACCGACCCGCUCGACGACACGGAUGUAACCUCAUCACCGAACUCCAUCUUCGGAAAGAAUGUGUACAAUUUUGGCCCGAGCGAUAAGAUUACCUUUUCAAGUGGAUCCAACUCUAGUGUCGAGUUUGGUGUAUACGGAUGGCCGAAUAUAACGUUGCGUGAUGUGCUAUCCGGCACUUACCAGGUUCAAGCCUUCUUGAACAAGUAUGAGUCAGUGACUCGUAGCGAUGGGUCAAUCGUCAGCGUCCACUUCCCAUGUGGUGAUGGAAAUCCGAACGUCAACACGUACGGAAGUCUUGUCACAACUGCGAUCGGUCUCGAGGUAUCUGGCGAACCACAGACACUAGAGCUCAUAUUCGAUAACAGCACAGCGAUCGAAGUGUUUAAUGGCAGGGAGAUCGGUGGAUGUAACCAAGGCAAUUAUGAGGACACUGAGAACCUAAAAUAUAUCAAGAUCCGCAGCGAGAAGCUGAGCGCUUUCUGGGGUCGGGAUAUGUAUGUCGGAGCAAACGUGCUUCUUCCUGCCAGUUACGACGCCAACGAUACGGCCACGCGAUAUCCAGUCAUCUACUCGCAGGGUCAUUGGCCCGCGGACCAAGGCGCGUUCCGAUACCCUACAGCGGCCUUCUCAAAGGCCUGGGAUAACGGCACCAUCCCCGCGACCAAUAAAACGGCGGCUCGUCCCGCGCCGAAGAUGAUCUUGGUCACACUCCGCCAUGAAGCUCCUUUCUACGACGACUCUUACGCAGUGAACACUGCCAAUCUUGGUCCGUACGGCGAUGCGAUCAAUGACGAAUUAAUACCUUACCUCGAGGAGACAUUCAACACGAUCCAAGCGCCAUACGCGCGUAUCCAAGAAGGAGGCUCGACCGGCGGCUGGGAGUCUGCCGCUAAUUUGAUCUACAGGCCGGAUCUGUUUGGGUAUUGUUUCUCGUCUUAUCCCGACUCUUUAGACUUUCACCGCCACCAGGACAUCGAGCUCUACACUGCUGCAAAUGCGUAUCAGCGUGCUGACGGAAGUUUCGUCCCCUCCAUUCGAUCAUUUGUGAACGGCACAGAAGUCGUAAAGGCCACAGUCGCACUCGAGAACCACUGGGAGUUGACUUUUGGCACUGCAUCCCGCUCUUCGAACCAAUGGGAUGUGUGGAAUGCCGUCUUUGGUGUCCAGGGUUACAACAAUUACCCACUCGAGCCAUGGGAUAAGGUCACUGGUGAGAUUUAUCCCGAGGCUGUGGAGCACUGGAAGUCGUAUGAUCUGAGUAACUACAUUACCAGCAAUUGGAACAACUCUCUGAACCUGGGAAGGAAUCUGGCUGGACGUGUGUUCGUCUACGUUGGUAGCUGGGAUGAUUACUACCUCAACGAAGGAGUCAUGGAGUUUCAGAAGCAGACUGAUGCUAUUGGUGGGGCGGGAUGGGCGAACGUGACUAUCCUGCCGGAGAAGCCACAUGGCGGGAAUUACCAGUCGAGAGAAAUCUGGAACUACCUCGAGUUCUUAGAGGCGUGGAUCCAUGACCAUGGCCCGAAUGGCACCCAGCCGCUAUCUGGGAGUGUUACUGCGUCCUCUUCGAGGGGGAACCAGUGGGACGAUGUCAUCAAGCGCGGCGGCCGCGCUGCAGCAGUGGCACGUCAAGCUCCUCCAAUUAUCGAUGCAGAGUAUGGCGUUCAGGUGGGCAGCACAGUCGAUGCCUCUGUCGGACGCUGGGACCCUGGUAUGAAGCUAGAGGCACAGUGGUUCAUUGACGGCAAGCCACUUUGCGAGAAGUUCGCAGUCAAGCAGGGUGGGAAGGUGAAGCACACUGUGCAAACCACAGGUGAUCUGCAGCUCUUUGUUAGCGGAAGCAAGCGUAACUACGCUACAGAGAUGAGGGCGAGUAAUUGCGUUCAGGUGUGCGCAUGA